AUGUCUGCACCGACCGAACAUGAUCCCUCUAGCCCCAGCGGCGAGUCUUUUAUACGCGACGCCGAGCUUUCCGCCCUCCAGGAAUUCGUCAAGACCCCAGCGUUCGAUCUCGAGUGUUCCAUGAAAGCUCGCGAGCUCGCCGCUUUGUCCUCCAACGAGGGCGGUCACUCUGACGAAGAUGACUUGCGGUCUAGCGACGACAGCGAGUCGACUGCCACCACCGUCGAAUCCAGCCCCCACGAAGUUCCGAAGAUAGAGGCCAGCCUCUACUACGCCGGUGUGGGUCCGAAGGGACGCGGGCCCAAGCUCAUUUAUAGGACGUCCGACGACAAAUUCGAGGAACCCGAUGGCCCUGAGGCGUACAGGCGCCUCAUGAGGGUGAUCUCCGUUCCAGAUAGCCACGAGUUCGGGGAGAAUGGACUGUGGGACAGAGUUCGCGACAAGGUCGUGGACUUACUCAACGCAAGAAAGAUCAAAGUCACAUCUGUCGACUUCGUUCGAUUCACUUGGCUCAACGAGGAGGAGGACCAGGAGAUCGACGACGACGACGACGACGACGAUGACGACGAUGACGAUGACGAAAAUGCAGACGUCGAGUACGAUGAUAUCCCUCCCAUUCAGCCCGUCGAGUACGGUGAGCGCUACUAUACCAACCCUACGAUCUGGAUUGGCGUCGUGCCAGAGACUCUCACCGGUGCCGUUGCGCACGAAUCGGCCAAGGACAUCCGCACCUUCCUCGACUCGCUCCCGGCCCAGAACAUCGACAUUGCUUACCGAGAGUCGGUCUACAAGACGUCACACGGUCAUGGUCCAGCUCUUUUCAAGCCUGUGGAAGACGGCGACCCUCUAAAGGAGGUCAUCGAUAAUGUCUCCGUUCCUCUCAGCCUUUCCAUUGCUGGUCGUAAGACUACUAUGCAAGGCACCCUCGGUCCAUACUUCCACGUCGGCGACAAGCUCUACGCAAUCACUGUGCGGCACAACGUGUUUUCGCGCGACGGGGACAAUGAGGUGCAUCGACACCACGGAUCUGCUCCUAAGAAGAAGGUUCUCCUGAUGGGCCAGCCCGCGUUCACAAACUACCUGGUCUCCAUCCAGGCCGCUAUUAGCACGUACAGCGACGCGGCCGAAGUUUUCGAGACGAAAAUCAGUAAGCUUAGAGCCAGGUUGCAGGGCGGAGCCGACGACCAAGAGUCGCAAGCCAAGCUGGAGGAGAACGAGGCCGAGCUUGCCAAGACGCGCACCAAGAUCGACAAGCUCAAGCAGUUCUUCGUCGAAAUCAAGAAGCGGUGGAGCAAGCCCAAGGACCGAGUUAUCGGCUUCGUCCGUUGGGCUCCCCCCAUCGGUGUCGAUGUUGCUCCUCACCGCUAUACCCGCGACUUCUGCGUCAUCGAGCUUUACAAGGAGAAGUUCAAGCAUAUGAUCGGGAACGUGCUGAGCCUUGGUCCGGAGAUGUCCCCGUCGAAGCUCAAGUCACUCAUGUACGAACGUAUCGACGUCCCGUCGGUGUUCAAGUACCCCGAAGAUGGUCUCCUUCAUCUCCGAGGCAUGCUCACCGCCGAUCAGGUCAACAAUUCUAACAGCUUAAACCUGCAAGGCGAUCGCGUUCGUCGCGUUAUCAAGCGCGGCUUCAGCACCAACACCACCGUCGGCACGCUCAGUAAGUUCAAGGCGUAUGCGCGGAAGUACUUCUCCACCGGCAAUAUAGAGUCGAUCGAGAUCCCCAUCCUCUCCCAUGAGAACGACACCGGUUCCUUCUCCAGGCGCGGUGAUUCCGGAUCCACUAUCGUCACCCCCACCGGCGAGAUUGUCGCGCUACUCACAGGCGGGCCGACUAGCCUGACGGACAGCUCCGACAUUACCUACGCUACCCUCUUCGAGUGGGUUUGGGAGCUCGUCCUGGAGGAGUUCCCCGGUGCUAAUUUGUACUUCGACGACCUUGAGGCAUUCCUCGCCGAUGUGGCUUAG